UCACAUUGAAAGAUACAACAUUUUUUCUCUACAUUUUUGCCAUUGUGUUCAAGCUGAUGAUGAUUAUGAGUUUAUUUUGAGAAUUUAUGCCAUUUUUUUCUUCAACAUUAGAUUUAAUUAUGGCCAGUAUUUAACUGAUUUAUUGAUAUUUUAACAGUUGUGAUAGUUUAUUCCUUGUUCAAUAUCAAUACGAACAAGAGAGAUCGUUGACAAUUUUGUUAUCGAUCUUCGUUCAGCCACAGACAUUGGAAAUAUUUGUUAAAUAUUAGUGAAUAACAGUGAUAGCGAAGGUUCAUUGAAGUGAUAAAGUGUAUUUAUUUAACAACAAUGAUGGAAACAACGAAGAUGGAGCCUCUAACGCCACCUCAUACACCACCUUCUGGUUUACAUACAGCUUUAAGUUCACCAUCUAGGUGGAUGAGGACUCAGAUUCCAGGGCAAUUGCCUAUGGGACAUCCAAGUCCUCAUUCAGCACAUCCAGGAUAUCAUGCCACCUUUUUCGAUCAUUGGUUGAGAGGUGCUGCUCUUAUGGCUGCUGGUAGAUGUUGCUCUCAAACAUCACCUCAUCAUCAUACACCCACAGGACAUCCUAUGCACUCUGGACUCUCUAUACCUCCACCAGCAUCUUUCCUCACAAGAAGGCUGCCGGGUCAGCGACCAAAAAAACAAUUCAUCUGUAAAUUCUGUAAUCGACAGUUCACCAAGAGCUACAAUCUAUUGAUUCAUGAGAGAACUCAUACUGAUGAAAGACCAUAUUCGUGUGAUAUCUGUGGAAAGGCUUUCAGACGUCAGGAUCACCUUAGAGAUCAUCGGUAUAUCCAUAGUAAAGAAAAGCCUUUCAAAUGCAAUGAAUGUGGGAAAGGAUUUUGUCAAAGCAGGACAUUGGCUGUUCAUAAAAUCCUUCACAUGGAAGAAUCACCACACAAAUGUCCUGUAUGUUCACGAAGCUUCAAUCAGCGCAGCAAUCUUAAAACUCAUCUUAUGAUACACACAGAUGUACCUCAAGAUCUGCGAAUAGACUCUCACGUUUCUGAAAUUUCACAUUCUCCAAGAACAUCAGUUCCAAACCACACAGGACCUACCACAGAAGCUUUAAUAAACAUUGAAAGUCCUUCAAAAACACAAAAACUUGGAUUCACCAUAGCAGAUAUAAUGAGACGUUAAAGCUGAUGAUUUGUUAGCUAAUCAAUUAGGCUGCGUUCUACAAAUAUAGCUAAUUUAAAUGUUUAUAGUAUUAUUGAAUAGAAUAGCGAAACUAGUGCAUGAGAGGAUAAAAGAAUGAAUGAGGGGAAUAAGAGUGUUGAAAUAUUUGGAAAGUACUUAAAUCGUAGAUUUAUUUACAAUAGGUCCUAUUGAAUUAUUUAGAGAAUGACUGAGCUUGAUGAUGAAUGAAUGAAUGAAUCCACAGCGACCAGAACGUCGUUAAACGUCACCAAACUGUAUAUAUUUACGUUUUACUUUAGGAUUUACUUUAUGUUAUUUUAUUCACUUAUUUAUUAUGUUUUAAAUGAAAAAGUCUGUGCAAAUUAUGUUUUAGAUAAACAAAUAAUUAUUCUUAAUUCAAAGUCAUUAAUAAUAUCUAAAUUAUGUCAUUAUUAGACUCUUUAAAAUUUUACUAUAUGAUAAAUGUAGUAUUAUAAAAAAAAAAAAACAAGUAUUUAUUAAUAUAACGAAUAGUUAUUUGAAUAUUAACAAAAAUAUUUUGCUGAGAUUCAAGAAUAAAUUAUGUUACCAUCCACUCAUUUAAACUUACAAGACUUUUUUAAAAUAUAUUUUUUUUCCCUACAUAUUCUUAAUUUUUUUGUUAUUGACAAAUUGAUGUAAAAAAUAGUGCAUUUAGAAUUUAUUGAAUACUUUUUUAUCUUAUUCUUUUUCUCUGAAUGAUAGAAGAACAAGAUCUCGAUUGGAAAAUUAAUUAGCAUUUUCUUAGCUGAGUGCAUCUUUGAAAAUUUAUUUUCCAUGUUUUCUUAGGUUUCUUACAUUUUCAAUGACCUGUAAAUAAUAGCUGACCCUCGAAAAAAAGAGGGCCUUGUCUGGCGUUUUGUCAACUCAAGACCACCCACACUGUACAUAUAAGGCCCUUUCGUUGAAGGUCUACUUAUUUUUAUCACUUCUUUAUUUCACUACCUAUUCUUUAUCCACUUUCGAAAUUCUUUGUUGUAAGGUGUUACCACUAAUUUAGGCUUUGUAAAUAUAAAUAUAAGAUUGUACAGUUCUCAGAUAAUGUAGGAAGUUGAAAAGCAUAAAGCUUUACAUAAAAUACAGUUAACAAUAAUAAAGUAAACUAAUACUUAAUGAAUGGAGAGUUAUUAGACAGAUUUAAGUUUACUUAGUUUUUAUUGUAUGAGUUUAUGGAGAAAGAUUGUAUUGCCUUUUUUUUCUCCUUCAGAAGGAAUAGUAGUAGUUAUAUUAGAGUUCUCAAUUAUGGAUUUAUAAAUUAAAGUGUCAAUGCAAAGUGUGCAGAAAAAAUUUAAAAAAUCCAUACAAUAAAAAAAUAAUAAUAAAUGUUUAAAGAUCAAAGUACAUUUCUAGACAUAUACAGUUACCAAUUUGUGUAUGCUAUGGGUGAUUAUUAUGUUAUCAAAUGUGUUUUAUGUCUCAUAUUGUAUUAACGAUAAGACGUAAAUACCAAAAAAUUUUAGUAAACUUUCAUCACUUGUAACUUUAUCCUAGUCGAGUUCUAGCAAUUUAUCAAUUAAGACUGGGAAUAAAGAAGAUUAAAUAAUGGAUAGUAAUGCAAAUUUAAUUGCUUGUAUCAAAUUUUAGUUUAAUCUAAGAAUGAUCUAUUCAAUUAAUUAAUUUAAUACGAAAUCGAAAGACAUUAUUUAAGCAAAAAUAAAUGAUUUAAAUAAUAUUUAAAUGAAACUAUAAAAAAAUGUUAAAGUUUCAUUUCAUUGUGGUUUACAGAUAAAUAAUUUAUUAUUUCAAUUAAGUUAAGCAAUUUGAGUAAAUUUUUAAUUACUUACGUAGUAAAUCUUAGUGUUUUAUUACAAUACACCAAAAGUGUUCGAAUGCAUCACUCAUUGAAUUAACAUUGAAGACAUUUUUAGUACACUUGAAAGAGUUUUAAAGAGUAACAAUAUUAUUUAAACAAGUGACGCCACAUUGAACACUUUCAGUGUAUUGCAAUAAAACACUUGAAUUAAAAAUAUGCAAUGUUAAUAAGUUCUUUAAAAAAUUAUAUUUAAAAAAAAAAACAUUCCAAAAUCAGUUAAUUUUUUUUUUCUAUUACAUGGAUUCUUGAUGCUGAAGAUCAAUGUAGAUUAUAAUGUAGAAGCUAAAUGUUGUAAUAUUUAAUAACAAUUUAUAAAAAUGAUUAACUAGAAAUUCAUCUAAUAUUCAAUCUUUAUUCCGAAUACUCUUUUUUAUCAAUUAUAAAGUACAUUACGACAAAUUACA